CGCGCUUGUCUUCGCGGGCUGCUGUUGGUCAAUAGUGCGCAUGCGCAGUGCCGUUGUUGUUGACAGUGGCGGCAAGAUGGCGGCUAUCGGAGACGCUUCAGGCCCGGGGCUGAACGGGUUAAUUCAACAGUUUACUGCCAUUACUGGAGCCACGGAGAGCGUCGGGAGACACAUGCUGGAGGCCUGUAACAACAACCUGGAGAUGGCAGUCACCAUGUUUCUGGAUGGUGCAGGAGUUCCAGAGGAGCCGAGCACCAGCUCCAGUUCAGCCACAGCUUCGGGGAGCAGAUGCCAUACAGAAGACGAAGUCCGAGCGCCGAUCCCUCAGAAACAGGAGAUCCUGGUGGAGCCGGAGCCGCUGUUUGGAGUGCCGAAGAGACGGAGACCCGCUCGCUCCAUCUUUGAUGGUUUUCGGGAUUUCCAGACUGAAACCAUCAGACAGGAGCAGGAGCUGAGGAACGGAGGAGCAAUGGAUAAAAAGCUGAGCACUCUGGCUGAUCUCUUCCGACCCCCGAUCGAGCUCAUGCACAAAGGCAGCUUUGAGACGGCGAAAAACUGCGGCCAGUUGGAGAAUAAGUGGUUGAUGAUAAAUAUCCAGAAUGUUCAGGAUUUCUCCUGUCAGUGUUUAAACCGAGAUGUGUGGAGUAAUGAGGCGGUGAAAGCCAUCAUCAGGGAGCACUUCAUCUUCUGGCAGGUUUACCAUGACAGUGAAGAGGGACAGCGCUACAUUCAGUUCUACAAACUCAACAAAUUCCCUUACAUCUCCAUCCUGGACCCUCGUACAGGCCAGAAGAUGGUGGAGUGGAAUCAGCUGGACGUUACCUCGUUCCUGGAUCAAGUGACUGGGUUUUUAACGGAACACGGCCAGUUAGAUGGACUUUCCAGUCAACCUCCAGCCAAACGUGCUCGCUCUGAGAGUUUGAUUGACGCGAGUGAGGACAGUCAGCUGGAGGCUGCUAUCAGAGCGUCUCUACAGGAAACGCACUAUGAGUCGAGGCAGGAGAAAGGGGAGUCUGAAAAUGACUCGGAUGCUGAGGCUUUCUCCGAUAGCGAGGGUAUGAUCUCAGUGGACGGUUCAGACAGCGAGGAAGGAGGGAAAGACUCCAUAGAUGGAAACACGUUGUCAGAACAGUGCCCGCCCACUUCCUCAGAUAGUCCCGCCCAGAACAGGAAGUCUCCUCACAAAGAGUUUAACCACAGAAAAGAAGAGAGCAAGAAAAACCACGUGGAGCCGCCGCCACCUCGGCCGAGUCUCAAUCCCACAGAGUCAAAACAGCAACAUCAUCAACAGCAACAAUCACAGCAACAGCGUCAUCAUGACCAAAGUCACAGAAUCUUAUCAUCCCAAAGCACACAGCCUGAAGAUAAUGGUCCGAAGGCUCACCUGAUGCUGAGAUACCCGGAUGGUACGAGGGAACAGAUAGCGUUGUCUGUGAAUGCUAAGCUGAUGGCUCUGGUGAGACACGUUCAGUCUAACGGAUAUCCCAACGAACGUUUUGAACUCGUCACUAACUUCCCUCGACGGAAGCUGGCCCAUUUGGACUAUGACAUCACGCUACAGGAGGCAGGGCUUUGCCCUCAGGAGACUGUGUUCGUGCAGGAGAGGAACUAACCCUGCCCUCUCCUUUUUGUUGGUUUUCAUACUCGUCCCUCAUCCGUCGUUCUCCACGGAUCCCAAGCGGAACGCAGUCCCAGGACCACACCUUCAUAUUUAUUUGUGAAUUUCUCAGUGCACCUCUGCUCCUUCCAGUUUCUUUUACAGUUUUCCAAACAAUAACUGUGGAAUAACCCAAGAGAAGAUUUCAGUCAGGUUCAGACGUCAGAUCACCUAAUGAGUGGCUUUGACGAGUGAAUUAUUAAAUUUAAGAGAGAAUUUAAAGCCUGAACUCUUUCCAGGUGGUUGGUGACGUGUCCUUGUCCACUUCCCCUCGCUCCGGUCCACACGUGGCCUUAUCAAGUGUUCGGCAAAAAAGUUAACGUGAGCAAUAAAAUCUGCCACGCAACUCAUCACACUCUUCUUUCUGAAAACUGUAUCACUUCAGAUCAUCAUCAUUCUCAUCAUCCUCAUCCUCCACAUGCACGGACGUCUCCCUGUCUGAAUCGCUCUCUCUGUUAGCGCCGUAUCUAGGUAACUAGCAUGCUAGCUAAUGAGCAAACCAGCUGGUUUCGUUCAGCAGCUAGUUUGUGAGUUAAACACUUUUUGUACGUAGUUUAAGAAAGAAUGAAAGACAAAAGCGGCACUGAAAAACAUGUCCUGGUCCUGUGAGGGCGCCCUGAGGGGAAGUUUGGUGAAGGCACGCGUUCUUACAGCUUUCGUGGCUCAGCGAUGGAUUUAACUGGAACUGAUCUUCAGACUUCUUCAGAGAGGAUCAGUUAAAUCUGUGGGAUCAUCAGCAGGACAGCGGUGAUGUGGGACGUUCCAUUUAUAGUGAAAUUUCUGUCUCUUUUUUUAUAUGCUGCAU